GUAACCUCAUGGUGAUCUUCGUAGUGACAUUCUCCCGCCGGCUGCGCAGCAUUACGAAUUUCUUCCUGGCGAAUCUAGCGGUCGCGGACUUCUGCGUGGGCAUCUUCUGCGUUUACCAGACGCUCACCAACUACUUGAUGAACAGCUGGCAGCUGGGCGACUUCCUCUGCAAGGUCUACAUGUUUGUGCACGCGCUUUCCUACACGGCGAGCAUACUUAUCCUGGUGGUGGUGUGCACCGAGCGAUACCUCGCCAUCGUGCAUCCCAUCAAGUGCCGGUCUAUGUUGACCAGGAGCCGCCUGCGGAUGGUGAUAGGCGUGGUGUGGAUCGUCGCGGCCGUUUACGCCUCGCCCAGGUUUCUCUACGUCGAGACCAUCAGCAAUCGCCUCAACACCGGCGACGUCGACAUCAUCUGCGUGGCCAAUAUCAAGAAGCACAACAAGAACGUAUUGGACGCGGUGAACCUCGUAUUUCUUUACCUCCUGCCGCUCUUCCUCAUGUGCUGCCUGUACACCAGGAUCGCCGUGGGUCUCUGGAGGAGCGGCGCGACCCUCGGAGGGCCCGGUCUUGUCGCCCGAAGCAGAAACGGCAGGGUCCAUCACGUACACACCUCCAGCAAAAAUGUGCUGAGAGCGAGGCGCGGUGUUAUCAGAAUGCUGAUCGCCGUGGUGAUGAUGUUCGCCGUGUGCAACCUACCGCAGCAGGCGCGCAUUCUGUGGCGGCACUGGGGCCCGAAUUAUGACCGUACGUCGGACUUCAGCACCCUGCUGACCGUGUCGACUUUCCUGAUCUCGUAUAUGAACUCCUGUCUGAAUCCGCUGCUGUACGCCUUCCUGUCGCGCAACUUCCGCAAGGGGAUGCGCGAGCUACUGCACUGCAAGGGCGCGAGGACGCGCGGUGGCAGCCUAGCGAUGGCCUGCGCCGGUGGCGAUCAGACUCGCCACGAGAACGGCGUCAGCACGCACCUUCCUCACAGUUCGGUGGUCCGGUUAAGCUCAGUUCAGGACAGCCCGUGCACCACGCAGACCAUCACCCGGCAUAGUACUUACAGCCGGAACACCUAG